AUCAAAUGAGAGUUCAGAAGCAUCAUGGCGGACUCCCACAGCAACAAUAACCAUGUUCCCGUGUUAUUCUCGUUCUCCGUGUUUUCUCGGCCCUCGUCCGUGGCCGUGGGCUCUGGUUAUGAAGUGCUCAUCCAGAAGUUUCGGUCCAUUUACGGAUAUCAGAUCGAUGUCCACCGUAAAUUCGUGAUUCAGUAUUUCUCCGAGGAAUGGGGCCAGUUCAUUGAUUUGCCGAAGGGAUUCACGAUCUCGGAGAAAUGUCGGCUCAGAUUAGUGCCCGUGCAGAUGGAUAUCACGAUAUUAGGAAACCUGUCACCCGCCACCACAGUUUUCUUCUGCUGCGACAUGCAGGAGAGAUUCAGACCUGCCAUCAAAUACUUCGGGGACAUCAUCAGUGUGGGACAGAGGCUGCUGCAGGGAGCUCGUAUUCUGGGUAUUCCUGUGGUGGUAUCGGAGCAGUACCCUAAAGGUCUGGGCAACACAGUGCAGGAGAUGGACCUGACCGGCGCUAAACUAGUUUUCCCCAAAACCAAGUUCUCCAUGGUGCUUCCUGAGGUGGAGACGCUGCUGGCUGAGAUUCCAGGAGUCCGCAGUGUUGUUCUGUUUGGAGUUGAGACGCAUGUGUGCAUUCAGCAGACCGCUCUGGAUCUGAUUGGACGAGGGUUUGAAGUGCACAUUGUUGCUGACGCCACGUCCUCCAGAAGCAUGAUGGACAGGAUGUUUGCACUAGAGCGUCUGUCUCGCACUGGAAUCAUCGUCACCACAAGUGAAUCGGUUCUUCUGCAGCUACUGUCUGAUAAAGAACAUCCAAAGUUCAAAGAGAUUCAGAACAUCAUUAAAGCCAGCGCUCCAGAGUCAGGCCUGCUGUCAAAGAUCUGAUUAAAGCUCGAGCUAAAUGUGCUCUACAUACCACACAUCAGUUUCUCUUAGCUUCUCAACUUCACACACUCACACAUGGGAACAUUUCUCUAAAAUAUGUUGGAACAGAUUGAAACGCUUACCAGCAGACAUUUGUGCUCAAGCUUUUAACGUCCUUCACAUGCAGUCCAAAAGUUUAAAGUUAUAUAUUUGAUGCUAAUAUAAUCCAAAAUGUAUUUUUAGAUGUGUAUUGAAUGAGAGCAAACUCUUUGACCUGAAAGCAUCCAUCCAUUUGUUGUUAUUGAAUUCAUGUGUAUGUGCUCAGAAAAAAAACCCCAAAAUGGCCAAAAUAAAGAAUUCCUACUAAAAUAAGUGCACAAUUGGAAAUGGAUUGUUUUUCUGUAUUAGUAAAUUAUUGCAAACAUUUGCUGUGAAUGUAAGUACAGUUAAAUAAUGCUUGAGGACAUGUGUUUUUCAAUUGUUUUUGAGGUUUCUUCUCUUGCAUUAGUUUUAGAUAUCUGAGCCCAUGGAUAACUCGCCCUCACACCUUUAGUUAACUGUGCUACACAAGUGUUAUGCUUGACUCUGUAGGGCUACAGUAAAUAUAACUAGUGGAAAUCAUUAGUUUAAGAUGCUUGUUUUUAUUCCCACUCUGUACUUUCAUUUAUUAAGAGAUGUUUCAUUUUAAGUUUAAGUUUUGACAAUUAUUGCAUUCUGUCACUGUAUUUUAAGCCUGUAUGGUUUGAACAUCAGACUAACUCUCAUCUAAACCUGCCAGUGACAUCUUGGCCAAGUUCUAACUGUUAUAAGGUAUUUAGUCUUUAGACUUUCGCACAUAUCUAUGUCACAAGAUCAACGUUAUUACCAAAACAAUUGAAGCAUCUUCAGUAGAAGUAUUAUUUUUGUAAAGUUUACCGACACUAAGAGUAAUUUUCGAGAAUGAGAGCAUCAGGGGUGUGUAGAGUUCUGCAUUUUUCCUGAAAGAAAUAACAUUUUUGUGUAGACCUGUUUUUUAUUUUAUUUUAUUGUUAGAUUCAAAUCUUGAUUUCGUGCCCAAACCCUGUAGACUGCACUGACAUUCUGAGACUGAGGAUUGUCAUUCACAGUUUUAAUUAUUAAUAUUUCAUGUGUGUGUAUUUGUGUUAAAAUCAUUUUGACAGCGUGUACAUGUAAAUUUGUUGACUUGAUGACCAGUCUCUACUGAUUGUACAAAGCGCAGAUAUAUUUUCUUGAUGUGAUAAAAUUGUUUUGUGGACUUUGUAAACAUUAAUGUUUUAAAACCUUUUUUGAAUCUGCUCUAAUUAAUAUAUGAUAUGAAUAAAUGUUAUAUGCACUAAAUCUUG